GUAGAUGGACUAGCAUAACGGGUUUGGCGGUGCCGCGUCACGCACGGCGUGGCAGUGGUGAGUGCCACCAGCGAAGGCGGGAAACUGGCCCUGGCUGGCGAGUCUCGGACGGCGGAGCCGCAGCGUCGCGGCCAAGCGCAAUGCAGCGCCGCGGAUCUGGAAGUCGUGGCGCUGGCGGAACUGCGGCCGCAGGCAGCGGAGGAGCAGGGCCUGGCGGCGGCGGCACAGCCGCAGCAGUGACGGUGCCGGCGCACAAGGUCAUUCCGGGCACGGGCGGCGCCGUGACGGUGGAUGCGUUUCGCUACGCCCACCCGGGCGUCAAGGCCUACUUCCUGACACACGCGCACAGCGACCACUACACUGGCCUGAGUGAGGCCUGGUGCGCGGGCCCCGUGUACUGCUCCGAGCUGACGGCCCGCCUAGUGGCGCACCUCACCGGCGUCAGCACAGCCUGGCUGCGACCGCUGCCGCUGGGGCGGCCCGUGGUGGUGGAGGGCCUGGUGGAAGUGACGCUGGUGGAUGCCAACCACUGCCCGGGGGCGGUGCAGCUGCUGUUCCGUGUGCUGCCCAGGGGCGGCGGCGGCGGCGCUGCCGGAGGAGGGGCAGGAGGAGUCGGAGGGGUCGAUGCCACCGACGCGGCGAAAAGUGCCGGCGGCAGUACCAGAGGUGCUGACGCUGGCUGUAGCAGUGGCGCGGGCGCGGUUCGCUACCUGCACUGCGGCGACAUGCGCUACAGCCCCGCCAUGCAGUCGUGGCCGCAGCUGGGCGCCUGGCGGGGGUGCGAGGGCGUGUUCCUCGAUACCACCUACUGCCAGCCCAAACACACCUUCCCAACCCAGGAUGAGGCGGUGGAUUACGUGGCCAGCCAGGUGGCGGCGAUGUGGGAGGAGGACCAGCGCGAGGCGGCAGCGGAGGCGGCCGGCACGUCGGGGCCGGUGGGCGCGCCUGCUGCAGCGGCAGAGGAGGGGCAGGCGGCGGUACAGCGGGCGCUGCAGCAGACUGGCCCUGGCAAGGAGGCGGCGGUGGGGGCUGCCUGUGACGGCAGUGCCCCCAGGGGUGCCGAGGCGGCGGCGCCUGGCCCGCCCUUUACGGAACCGGUUGGGGAGCCAGGCCCCGGCAGCGUCGAGGGAGAGGGCGGUGGCGGUAGCUGUCCCACCGAGAGGGAGGUAGGGUCGGGCGGCAGCGGGCGCGGCCCCUUCCGCCGGCUGUACCUCAUCUCGACGUACGUCAUCGGCAAGGAGCGCAUUCUGCUGCGGAUCCAUGAGCGCACCGGCCUGCGCAUACACGUGUCCUCCACCAAGUUGGACGUGCUGCGGCUGCUGUUGCCACCCGAGCCAAACCCGGACCCGGACGCUGGGGUCGCAGCCGCAGCACGUGACGGGUUGGAGGCCGCAGGAGCAGCCGAGCACCACCACCAUCACCACGACCACGAUCACUUCCAGCAGGACCAGCAGCGCCAGGGGGGAGAAGCUGCCGCCCCAGGCGAGGCGGCGCGGGGGCAGGAGGCGGGCCACCAGUGGCUGACGCUGCCGGGCGGUGCGCGGCGGCUGUCAGACGUGUUCACGGACGACCCCGCCGCCUCGCCCGUGCACGUGGUGGGAUGGGGCACACUGGGCGAGACGUGGCCCUACUUCCGGCCCAACUUCGUCAACAUGCAGCGUGCCGCUGAGAUCAUGGGCGCUCGCUGCGUGGUGGGAUUCGUGCCCACGGGCUGGACCUACGAGAUGAAGCGCUCGGUGUUCUCGGUCCACAGCAAGGGCGCGCUGUCGGUGCAUCUGGUGCCCUACUCGGAGCACUCCAGCUACCCAGAGCUGCUGGAAUAUGUCAAGUGGCUGCGGCCGCGCCAGGUCAUUCCCACUGUGGGCGUCAAGGAGGGCGACCGCGAGGGCGAGCGAGCACGUGCCGCCAUGCUGGCGCGCUUCCGCAGCCUGGUGGACGAGACCGCCAGCAAGGCCCGCUUCCUGGCAGCCAUGGGCGGGGGCGGCGCGAGGCGGCAGCAGCAGCGGCCGGCUGACGCGGGGGCGGCCAAGGCCGGCGCCGCAGGUGGAGGAGGUGGAGUGGCAGCAGCAGGGGCAGGCGGUGGUGGUGGUGCUGCAGCGGUCUCGGUGGUGCAGGCGGAGGUGGUGCAACUAGACCAGGACUUUGAGGACGAUGAGGAGGGGGAGGAGGCGGUGGGAGAGGAGCCGGCGGAGGGCGGCCAGCCGCUGGAGCAAGCGCCAGACCGGGCACAGCGGCCCGAGCCACCGUGCGGCACGGCGGCGCAAAAGCAGGGCACAGCUACGGAGCUGCCCCCAGCAGCUGUGACACGGCCGAGCAGCGUGGGGCGCCUGCCUGUAGGGGACGGGGCUGAUGCGGAUGUUGUGGUGCUGAUCUCGGAUGAGGAUGACGAUGAUGACGACAGCAGCCGCAGGGGCGGAGGCGAGGGCGGAGCGUGCGGUAACACAGGCGCCGCGGGCGGGGAGCCGGGCGCCUGCACAACGGCGACAGCAGAGCGACCAGCAGCGCAGGAGCGGCGACAGCAACGCCAGCAGCAACUAGGCCGGUUAGACCGCACCUCGCUGCCUCCGGCAAGCCAAGCGCGUGAUCAAGGCGCAGGCGGCGAUGUCGAUGCCUGCGGCCAUGCGGUAGGCCCAACACCUGGCUCUGCCGGCGCCAUUGACGGCUACGCCGACUGCAGUGGCAGCGCCGGCGGCAAUGACGCCAAUGACGGCGCCGGCGGCGACGACGCCGUGUCCCAGCUCAUGGCGGUGAUUGGCGGCGCCGCGAACCGCCAGCAGGCGCAACAGCUGCUGAUGGCGGCGCGAGGCGACCUGGCGGCGGCUGUUAACCGCUUCUUUGAUGGCGGCGGCGCCGCCGCCAGCGGCGGCGGCGUAGGCGGCCGGCCACAGCCGGGCUCAUCUUCGCCUAGCCCCAAGGUCCGGGGCCGGGGGCGCGGUGCCGCAGCAUCCCAUGGCCGAGGCGGUGGCGGCAGCGCUGGUGAGGGCCGGCCAGCCAAGCGGCCAAAGCUGUCACCACAGGGAGGGGCCGCGCCUGGGACAGGGUCGCAAGCUGGCGUCGGCGGUGCAGGGCAGCGGUCUAUCACGGGCUUUUUUGGGCUCCGGCCCAAGCAGGAGCCACAGCAGCCGCGUGAGCAGAGCCAGCCGGCUCAGAGGCAUGAGCCGAAGCAGGGGCGGCAGCAGCAGGAGGAGCAGGCGCCUUCAGGGAGCCAGCCUUCACUGGGUCGCCAGCAGGCGCGGCCGGCCCAGCAGCGCGGCCAGGGAAAGGCAGAGCCGUUCCCUGAGGAAGCUGGCGUGGGCGCGGGCACUGGCGCGGCGGCGGGCGUUGAUGCUGGCACAGCAGCUCUGACGGGCGGCACGUCGGUACGCGCGGCAUCAGGAGGUGGGGCCAGCGAGGCCGCGGCCGCAGCCCCAGCAGUCAAGGUCGAGCCUGGUGCGCAGCCAAGCGGUGAGGCCCAGCCGGAUGCCGCCCACAACGGUAGCCAUGUCACAGGGCCUGCAAGUGGUGUGCCUCCUGGAGCGCUAGAGGCUGCAGGAGGAACAGGGACAUUGUCGCUAACCGGGGAAGAUGGCAGCAGCAGCCCUCCAGCGGCGGUGCAGCCGCCAUCGAAGCGUCUCCGGCUGGGGCUUCCCCGGUACUCACCAACCGUGCCCGUCGGAGCACCGGCGCCUGCAGCCAGCCCUACAGUGCAGGCAGCUCCUGCGUAUGGGACCACCACGUUCGGCGAUGGGGAAACAGCUUCGGCCGCGGCGCACAGCACGCCAGGCAAGAUGGCCCGCACCGGCAACGAUGUGGUCGAGCUACCUGAUACACCCGGUCCUAGACCAGUCAGUAAUGAUGAAGGCGGCAGGGCUGGGGCCGGAGAAGGGAUAGGCUGCGUUGGCGCGGCUGCGCUGCACCCGUUCUUCACACGCGGCAAAACGCAGUCGCCAUCUGCCUCUGGGAGGAUUAGCGGGGCGAGGGGCAGGGCUGGUCGUGGCGGCGGGGGCAGCUCCGAUGCGGGAAGAGCGGGCGUCAGAGGUGGAGCCUCAGCCUCAGCGGCACCAGGGGCUGUAGGGGGCGAGGUGGCGCCGCCGCGCGUAAAGCAGGAGCCGGCGGAGGCCGAUGGCUGCGGUGGGGACGCAGGCGGCGACAUACACCAGGCCGAGACCCCGCAAGGGCAAGGCGCCGCCCGACAGGUGAUGUCCGCGACCCUGCAGCCGGCCACAGCCCCGGCCGCACCCGCCUCCACAUCUGCUGCAGCAGCCACAGCUGCUGAUGCUGCUACAGCCGCAGCCGCGCUCGCCAUGUCGUGGGAGGCCUGUCGUGAGGCGCUACUGCUGCCGCUUGAGCGCUACGAUCCUGUGCGGCACGCUUGCUGGGGCCCGGCGCACUGCGGCGACGGCGGCGCAGCCGCCGCCAACAGUACCAGCAGCGCAGCCGCCUCCGCCGCAGGCGCAGCCUCCGGCCGCGGCCCCACGCCGUACCUGCACGUGGCGUUGUGCCUGUCUGCUCUGAGUUCCACCACCAAGCGCCUGGCCAUUUCGGACGCGCUGACCAACAUGUUCCGGUCGGUGCUGGCGGCGGCGGACGACCCAGGUCGCGACCUAGUGGCGGCGCUGUACCUGGUCACAGGCCGCAUCGCGCCCGAGUACGACAAGACGGAGCUCAACGUGGGCGGCGCUACGGUAAGCGGCGCGCUGCAGGCCGCCACGGGCGCCUCCGCCGCGCGGCUCAAGCAGCUGUACCGCGAGCACGGAGACCUGGGCGACGUGGCGGCGGCCUGCCGCCGCACGCAGUCCACGCUGCGCAACCCGGCGCCGCUGCUGUGUGGGCGGCUGCUGGCGGCGCUGCGGGACGUCGCGGCGGACAAGGGGCAGGGCGUGGCGGCGCGGCGGCAGGCGGUGGUGCUGGGGCUGCUGCGCGCCUGCCGCGACGUGGAGGUCCGGUUCCUGGUGCGCACCCUCAUAUCGAACCUGCGUGUGGGCGCCAACUGGCGGAGCGUCCUCGCGCCCCUGGGCCGCGCCGUCCUGCUGCACCAGCGGGCCACAGCCGCGGUGGCGGCCGCCGCUGACGGCUCGGCUACUACAGCCGCCGUGCAAUCUCCAGCACCCGUGAAGGGCAGCGGCGGCGGCAGCAAGGCCGGUGGUGGCGGCAACAAGGGCGGCGGCGGCGGCGGCAGCAAGGCGGCGGCGGCGCGGCAGCGCGGUGCCGCGGCGGAGGCUGCUCUGGGCUGUAGCAAGGCGGAGCUGGAGGCGGCGGGGGCGGCUGUGCUUGAGGCCUACCACACCUGCCCCAACUUUGAGAUCCUGGUGCCGGUGCUGCUGCGGCACGGCAUUGAGGGCCUGCGCACCAGGUGCGGUCUUACGCUGGGCGUGCCGCUGAAGCCCAUGCUCGCCAACGCCUGUGCUGGUGUGGCGGACGGGCUGCUGCAGCUGCAGUCCGCAUCGCCGGCGGCUGUAGCGGUAGCCAGUGCAGGCGCCGCGGCCGGCGGCGGCACCGGCGGCGCUAGAGCAGGCGCAGCUGCUGCCAUGUCGACACCGCCCUCAGCACCACCUGCAUCGUCGUCGUCGUCGUCUUCCUGGUCGCCGCUGGUGCUGCCGCCUUUCCUGGUGGAGUACAAGUACGACGGGCGGCGCGCGCAGAUCCACCUGCUGCCGGACGGCCGGGUAGCCAUCUUCAGCCGAAACUGUGAGGACGUAACGGACGCGCAUCCCGACGUGUGCGCCAUGGUGCGCCACGCGGCCGCAGGGCCUGCGGCGGAGCCCGGGGAAGCGGCAGGCCCCGAGGAGCCGGCGGCGGCAGAGGGGGCUGCGGCGGCGCGUGUGCCAGCACAGCCGCCAGGCCCCACUCCUGAAGCGGGCAUGGGCACACACGUUGGCGCCGGCGAGAACGCUCCUGCUGCGGAUGUGUCCACCGCUGGUAGUACCCCGGCGUCCACUACCCAGGAGCCGCCCAGCGCCGUUGCCCCCGCCCCCGCCGCCGCCUUUGCCGCCGCCGCCGCGGCCAACCAUGCCGCCGCCGGCAGCACCCGCAGCCUAAUCCUGGAUGCGGAGGUGGUCGCGGUGGAGUGGCUGUCGGAGGAGGAGCUGCGCGCGGCGGCGGAGGCGGCGGAGGCGGAGGGCGCGCCACCGCCGCCCGCCUACCGCCUCAAGGCCUUCCAGGAGCUGGCCACGCGGGCCCGGGGUCAGGUGGAGCAGCACCAGGUGACGGUGCAGGUGUGCGUCUUUGUGUUUGACCUGCUGGAGUGGAACGGCACCUCGCUGCUGCACAGGCCCCUGCGCGAGCGCCGCUCGUUGCUGCCUGCCGCCCUGCCCGGCAUGUCGCCUGGGCGCGUCAUGCUGGCCACAGCCGUGGAGCUACAGCCGCUGCAGCCGCUGCAGCCGUCGGCAGUGGACAGGGAGGACGGCGAGGAGGGGCCGGCAGCCGAGGUGCCGGUCCGUAUGUGGCCGGCGCCCGGGGAGCCUGGUGCGCGUCGCCUUGAGGAGGUCGCCUCCGCUGCGGCUGCGCUGCAUGCCGCAGCCGCGGCGGCGGCGGCGGCGGUGCCAGCGGCCACCGCCGGCAAGCCUCGAAGACGGCGGCCGCCGGCUACUGCCGCUGCCGCAGCUGCUACAGCCUCCGAUGCCGCAGCUCACGCCGCAGCGCCCCGAAAAGCAGCGCCCGCGGUGGCCGAAGCGCGCAUUAAGUUGGAGCCUUGUGGGGAGGACCCGGCAGCUGCUGCAGUUGCGCACGCGCCCGCGCCCGCGGCAGCCGCACCAGCCGUGGUGGAGCUGCUGUCUUCAGACGAGGACGGCCCAGGCAGCGAAGGCCCCUACGGCCGCCCGCACGCGGAUGACACUGGCGCGCCGCCGGCACCUGAGCACUCCAAGGCAGCGGCUGUCGGUGGUCACGACCCGGCGGCGGCAGCCGCACAGCAGCCACCUUGCCAACCCGGGCCGCCGUCCAUGGGCGCAUCCAGGGCGGUCAUGGACAUGCUGCUGCAGUCUUUCAACACAGGGGCAGAAGGCCUGAUGUUGAAGCGCUUGGAUGGCGCCUCCGCCUACGAGCCCAGCCGCCGCAGCGAAGCCUGGAUCAAGGUGAAGCGGGACUACUGCGAGGGGCUGCGGGACAGUGUGGACGUGGUGCCCAUAGGCGCCUGGUACGGUCAGGGCCGCAAGGUCAAGUGGUUCUCGCCAUUCUUGCUGGCGGUGUGGGACCCGGUGCGCGAGGAGUUCCAGUCGCUGUGCCGCUGCAUGAGCGGCUUCAGCGACCAGUUCUACGCAGCGGCCAAGGAGCGGCUGGGCGCGACCAUCAUCCCAGGCCCCAAGCCCUACUACAACACAGGCGAGCGGUGCAGCGUUUGGUUCGAGCCAACGGAGGUGUGGGAGCUGCGCGGAGCAGACCUGACGCUGUCUCCGGUGCAUCGCGCUGCCUCUGGGCGGCUGCACACUGAGCGUGGCGUGGGCAUGCGCUUCCCCAGGUUCAUUCGCGUGCGUGACGACAAGCGGCCCGAGGACGCCACCACGCCCGACGACAUCGUGCACCUGUACAACAAGCAGACGCGCAAGGUGGUGGUCGGGGAACGUGGCGGCGGUGACGUUGGGAGGGCCGCCGGAGCAGCCCGGCCCGCCACCGGCUGUGGCGGGGCCGCAGCCGUGCAGGCGCAAGGUGCCCAGGGCGCCGGCGCCAGCAAGCGGAGCGGCCGCGGUCGCGACAGUGAGGACGGCAGCACUGACGAUGGAACGAUGCGGGAGGAUGCGAGGAAGCAGGCCCGGGAGGUGCAUGGCCUUGACGAUGAUGACCAUGACGAGGGGGAGGGGCAGAAUGAAUGUGGCAAGAGCAAACAGGUGGAGUUGUGAGGCUGCCAAGGACACGUACGAAGCGCUGGAUGUCAGGACAGGUUCCUCCCGUCAUGGCUGUCGAGUAGGGGUUGGGCGUGGAGGUUUACCUGUUGGGCAGGAUACGCAUUUGCACAAGUACUUUUGCAUGUUCGGGCAUUGGGGCGUUGCCAAGCUUGUGUACUAGGUUGAAGCAGUUGCAUCGCGACAUUAAAACAUGCACGUAGAGUACCUUGUGCUUGCAUGCCGUGCGUGCCAUGGCGCUGGUGCAGCGGGUAGCUUGCUGGGCACGAUGCAUUCUGGAGCAAAGUGGCAAGUGGCAUUCCCAUGCUGGACUGAGGAAGCCCUGGCAUGGCCGCCGGAGACAGGAAGAAGCAGUUGGAGUCUGUGUGCUUCAAUAGAGGCAUGCUUGAACACGACCAUGCGGGAUGGCUCGAAAGCAAGGUACAGGAUUCGGGCGGAGGGUUUGGUAUGGUGGUUGAAAUGCGUAGAUGCGAAUGCGAAUGGUAGGUCGAACCAGAUCGGCAGCAGGACCUGCCCAGGCGCCGCGCAUCGAGCACUUGCCGUAUCAACAAUAGCUUGUCACAUGGAAGUUGCGGUUGUCGUGUUGAUCGCUGAUACAGAGCUGCCCUACCGGGUGGCGGUCAGCCUCCGCACCCCCUCGGGGGGGAGAAAACGUGGCUUGACGUCGUCCGUAGCUAUCCGUAGCACGAACGGGGCCGAACCGGCUGCGUGCGGCCUUUGAAUUCGGCCCGGUGCUUUCCUUUUGCGAGUGCAUCAACGUUGACGUCUUUAGAUGCGGGCAAGCCUUUUGGGGCAGCCCGGCUGUCCUGUGCAUUCGCGUCCGUGCGUGUGUAGACCAAACACAUGGAGGGAACGCGGCGACUGCGAGGGAGCCUCUGAUUCCCCCGGCCGGUCGGCUGGACAGUGUCACUGUGUCAGCUGGCGUGUGUGGGCUGUACCACAAUGGAUCCAAUUCAAGAUGGCACGAGUCUUUGCUGAAGUAGCUGUAGUUUGGGGCCUCAGAUUAGGCCUCAAGGAUAGCGCGCAAACGUGCGCGACUCCGCGGGAUGCGCAAUUCUCAC